AUGAUUUCGCCGGUUACAAGGAGAUUAUUAAGAGAUUGGAAACGACUUUGGCACCAACAAAAUACCCGAUACCACAUCCGACCUCAGGACUCCAACUUGCAUUUGUGGAACUUUGCACUGACAUCUAAAGAAGCCGAGAUCUAUGGUGUCUUUUUUAUCGGUGGCUCGGAUACUGAGCCGAUUAUUGUGAUGCGCGGUUUCACCCCCAACCAUUGUUUUCCCGCGAAUAAAAAUGUUAACCUUACACAUUUAGCGCCAAUAUUGUUGACCCAAGGUCUCUCCGGAUUUUUGGAUCAGCUUUACCGCAUGCUUGAUCACACAUCUACUGUCGGAGGUAUCAGAUUUAUGCAAACUUGGAAUAGGCUGAUGAUCAAAGACUUCAAAGCACAUUUCCCAGAGCUACAUGCCAGUUUUUCACCAGAACCACAAGAUUACGCGCUUGUACAACAAAGCAUAAAUUCAACCGCGAAGCACGAUCAUCCUCUCCAAUCGGGCUUCAAGUUCAGGGAUUUAUCGCCCCUGAGCGACACCAUUGCAUGCGAUAAUGACGACAAAGGAAAGGACACCAAGAGACGGAAAUUGGAUGUAAGUGGUACCGCUGCUACGGAAGGCGAGAGAGAGAGCGAUAGCGAUACUGAACUGCAUAGAAAACGGAGGGCCUGA